GGCUGAUUGCCCAGCAAGUCCCGAGCUCCCCGGGCCCGCUGCUCGGGGACCCCAGGUCCAGGGUCUGGGCUACGGCUGCUCCGCCAGGGCGGCUUCAGCACCGCGGACAGCGGCGGGGCGGCGGCCGAGGUCGGGGGCACCGGGGCCGGGAAACGGAGCCCGGGCACAGGGGGCCCGGGGAGCCGAGAGCAGGCCGCACCGGGGACCUGGGGACCGGUGAUCCGACAUGGCUGUGGGGGUCCCCGGGGUGAGGAGUUCCGGUCCCACCGAGGGUCCCUGGGAGCCGAAUCCUGGCCGCAGAGCCCCGUCCUCGGUAAGGAGUCCCCAGGGAGCGGAGCCGCAUCCUCAAGGCAGCUCCCGCCAGGGGCCGCGGAGCCCCAGCCCGGCUGCGGGGGAGGUGUUCCCAGCGCGGGGGUCCGUGCCCCGCUCCCCGCCCGCCGCCCGCUCCCGCCCCGGCGGAGCUCCCCAGUUCCGGUCACGUUGCCGCCUGUUUACGGCGCGGCGGGCGGCGGGUGGCGGGGCCGGGCCGGGCGAGGCGGGGCCGCCGCAGGCAGCGCGGGCAGCGCGGGAGCCCGGCGCGGCCCCGGCCCCGGCCCCGCCGUCCCCUCCAUGACGCCCAGCGGGCGCCCCGCGGGGCUCCGCCGCUCCCCGCAGGCCUGGACUGUGAAUCUGGUUGCGAUGGAGACCGUGUCCCUGGAGCACCAGAUCCAGAGCGUGCAGCGCCACAUUGCCUUCCUGAAGAAGGAGCAGAUGGAGCUGCUCCAUGACCUGCACCUGGAGAUCCUCCGCUUGCAGAAGCACUGCUCAGAGCUCACCCAUGACCUGGAAAUGAAGGAGCUGGAAGCCCGCCAGCAAGAUGUCCUGGACAGGGAGCUGGAGGAGAAGUGCCGGGCGAUGGAGGCGCAGCUGCAGGAGAAGGAGAAGGACAACCUGGAGCUGCGCAAGGAGCUGCAGCACAAGGAGACGCUGGUGGCCGCGCUGCGCUCCAGCCUGCGCAGCAAGGAGCGCCGGUUCCUGGAGGAGCUGAAGCGGCGGAGCCACCGCGUCACCAUCCUCGACACCGAGCUGCAGAAGCAGACGGAGGCUGCCGCUUACCUCUCCCUGCAGCUGCACGCCACGGCCCAGCGGCUCCCGGGCCCCCGGCCGGCCGGGCGGCCGCCCCCCGAGCAGCCUCCCCCAGGACCCCCAGCCGAGGGCAGACCCCGGCGCCGCGGCCACCGGGCGCACCCCCGGCGCCCGCCCGGGGACGUUGGUGCCCGGCCCAGGGACCCCGUGCAGGAGGAGCACGACGCCAUGCCCGACCCGGCUCUCUUCCUCUACACGGCGCGGCCGCAUGCCCCGCAGCGUCCCCCGCCGGAGCCCCCUGCCCAGGCCCGUGGCACCGCCGGUGCCAGCGCAGCCCCCCGAGUGCAGAGGGCCCCACGGCAGCCCACGCAGGAGCCGGUGGCCAGGGCCAGGUCGGCCAAGGGCGAGCCUGGCAAAAGGCAGGGGUCUGGUGCCCACGGUGCCCCCCGGGCCCGGGAGUAGGUGGCUGGCAUGGCCUGACUGGCUGGGAUGGCCUGAGCCCAGCAGCACUGGAGUGAGCGCUGGCCAAGGCUGCUUUGCCCUCUCGGAGGGGAAGGGGCAGGGGAAGGAGGAUGUUCUGCUCAAACCUCCUGACCUGGGGAGGAUCCUCCCUGCCCGAGGGGCUGAGCCAGGGGUGCCAUGGGGCAGACAGGCAACCCAGCACAGGGGCUGUGGAGGGUAAACAUCCAGGCACCUGUCCAGAGCUUCCAGGGGAAGAAAGAAGGAAAGAAAGAGAAAGAAAGGAAGAUGGCAUUUCUGGGAUGAGAAGAUCUGCUGCUGCUGCUGCUCCUGCUCCUCAGGGUGGAUGCUGGGUGUCUUUGCCCUGGCCAGGGAUGCCAGGAGGUGGGUGUGCAGCAGCAAGCAGCAGGCUGUGUGGCACAUGGCUUGGCACAGCAAGGUGAGCUCAGCUGGGCCUGCAGCCCUGGGCAUCACCCAAACAGGAGCUGGGCUGGAAAGGACCCCAGACAUCAGCAGGAAGAUCCUCUGGGAUGCAGGCAGCUGAACGGCAGCUGGUGCUGUGGAUGCAGGAGGGAUUGCCACUGCAUGGGGAUGCUGCAGCCAUGCCAGCCAGGUCUCAGGCUCUUGCUCCCCUGCUGUUUCCAGCACGGGUUCUUCCUGUGUUACAUUUACACCCAGCACUUGGACAAGGUGGAUGGACAUGAACCAUGAAUGCCAGCCACGCUGGGCACCCCCUGUGGCUCCUCGCCUGCUGCAGCCUGCCUUCCUGUGCUGCUGGACUCAUGCCCAGGCCUUGUCUGGCACCAGCAUCUUGGUUCUGGGUCAUGUCCACAGCCAGGGCCUGACCGGACCUCCAGUCCUCCCCUGCUGCAUCCUGGCACCACAGCCACACAGCUCGCAGCCUUCGCCCCCCCGGGGCAGCCUUGCCUGAUGCCCAGACCCAGCCACCAGCUCCAGACAUCCAUGCCCUGGGUGUUGUGAGACAGCAGAAAGGGGCAGAGGAGGGUUCUGGUGGCUGGGCAGGGCAAAGGCCUUGCUGCUCAGGUACAGGUGGGACCUGUGUGACUCUGAAUGGCACCGAGGGGCAGGUCUCACCCUGGCAGUUUGGCUGCCAGCCCUGGCUGGCCUGGCAGGAUGGGAUGGCAAUGCCCAGCUGGGGUGGGUGGCAGCCUCCAGUGCUGUGCCACUGCAGCUGGCACAGGUGGGAGGAUGCCAGGGGCCAGCAUCAAGCCCUGUUUCAUUCCCUCUCAGUUUGCAGCCCCUCCAAAGCCUCCUUGCUGGCAGGCUGGCCGGGCAGGGGCUGCCUGAGCCCCCGCUGCGUGCCCGUGCAGGCAGAGGUGUCUAUUUUUGUAGCUCAGUAUUUAUAGCCUCCAUUCAACUGCUUUGAUGAGAUUCUCAGCAGCAGUCCCCAGGCCAGCUCUGGGGGCAACCCAACCCCCUAUGCGUAGCACUUGCACUAGCAGGGCAGCAAAUUAGCAGCUUUUGUCCCUUUCCUUUGGCU